AUGGCGUCCGGCCGGUGCACGAUCCGAAUGACCAGGAGCCUGAGGGGCACGGCGAGGCUGCAGUGGCAUCUCUUCGGGCAGCCGGGGACCUCAAUCCCCGGAACCAAGCCCAGGGGUAGGGCGCGACUAUCCGCGGUUCAUGGACGCCAAUGCACAGAGCGGUCGGAAUGUGUGUCCGAAUUUCCACCGGGCGCCGAUCGUCGAGGCAUUGCUGCGCCCGGGAAAGCUACAAAGGGGCAGGGUGCAGGGGCGGUGGAGUACGCGGCGGGGCAGGGGGCGGCGCUGGGGCGCGUUCCCAUUGUGCAAUGGUACCCCGGGCACAUCGCCAAAGCCGAACGGCAGCUGAAGCAGCAGCUGAAGCUCGUGGACGUUGUGUUAGAGGUGAGGGACGCCAGGAUUCCUGUGGCCACGUGGCAUCCUGGGGUCAAGGGCUGGAUUGGCAGCAAGCCCAGAUUGCUGAUUUUGAACCGCGCUGACAUGAUAUCCAGGGAGGACAUGAGCGAGUGGGAGGCGUACUUUGCCUCCAUGGGUGAGACUUUUUACUGGACAGUUGGGAAUCGGGGGGACGGGACGCAGAGGCUGGUCCGAGCGAUGAUGAAAGUGAGCAAGGUGGUGAAUGAGAAGAGAAGGAACAGGGGCUUGAACCCAAGGGCAGUGCGGGCUUGUGUGAUUGGUUUUCCGAACAUUGGAAAGUCGGCUCUGAUCAACAGGCUGGUGAAAAGGAGGGUGGUGGACAGCGCACCCCGUCCAGGUGUCACCCGCGUGCUUAGGUGGGUUCGAAUGGGCGGGAACAUUGACAUGUUGGACAGCCCUGGAGUGAUUCCGAUGUCUUUCCACAAUCAGGUGGCUGCCCAGAGGCUGGCCAUGUGCAACGACAUCGGGGAAGCUUCCUAUGUCAGCUCUUUGAUUGCGGCGCAGCUGAUCAUGCAGCUCCGAACGCUGCCUGCAUCGGCUGCCAUUUUGGAGCGGAUUGGUCAGCGUUAUGGAGUUGACCCGUUGCAGGGAACUGGCGAGGAUGUCGUGGCUGCUGUGGCUGCCAAGAUGUUUCAGGGGGAGUCAGAAAGGGCAGGCAUCAGAAUAUUGAAGGAUUUUAGGGAGCUGCAAUUUGGAAAUAUUGCACUGGAGCUUCCAAGCAUGGUCGAGCUGAGUCCAGGGUGA